GUGGGUUUCACACAUCAUGCAGGAUAAGGACCGCGGCAUCCAGCAUGUCGGCGACGUGGGUAGCAACUCGCCCUCCUCAGAGGUCGAUGAUAUGCGUGGACCGACAGCGCACAUGAAACACAGCGCUAAGGGCAUCUUGUUGGUGCCGCAGCCUUCAGAUGAUCCACGUGACCCUCUGAACUGGUCCGCAUUCAAGAAGGGUGUUACCCUUGCUGUCGUCUGUCUUGCCGCUUGGUCGGUCUUGCUACAAGCUCUUGCCAAUGCCUCCGGGUUCUUCUUCCAGGCCGAAUUAUACCACACAACGCCUACGGAGAUCACAUACGCUGUUUCAGCUACGGUUGGCGGUCUUGUUGUCGGCCCGUGGGUCUGGGCUCCCGUUGCCAGACGUCUUGGAAAGGCUGCCGUUAUCUUCUAUUGCAUGCUCGCGACGAUGUGCUGUAACAUCUGGUCGGCCUCGAUGACAAAAGACACACAAUAUGUUCCCUUUGUCAUCUCGAGGCUGUUCGCUGGUAUCUUCAGCUCUGCUGCCAUCACACUUGGUUCGAACUUCAUCACAGAGCUCUUCUUCCUCCACGACAGAGGCAAGUGCUUUGCGCUUUAUACCUUUUCCAUCCUGAUGGGAGCUGUUUCUGGAGCCACCUUCUCCGGAUACAUCGUUCAGAAAGUAUCAUGGACAGUUCAGUUCUGGUACAAUGUCGGCUUUGAAGGUGCCAUUGCACUGCUCAUGUUUCUAUUUGUCGACGAGACCCUCUGGCCCCGAGCUGAGCAGCCAGAUAUCCCCCUUCCUCCCGCGAAUCGACUGUCGCGCAGGUUGGCAACCUAUCUCUUUACUCAACGCUUGACGCGGAAGCAGACAAAGGAAGAAGUGAUCCAGUCAAUUACGCUCCAAUUCCUGAUCACAAUCAGCCCAGUCACGAUUCUUAUUGGUUCCACCCUCAUGAUCUUCUAUGGCUGGGGAAUUGCCAUGAACACGUUCUUGUCUAUCUUCCUUCAGAACCCUGUCAAGGAGGGUGGGUACGGUUUCUCGCCGGAGCGGAAUGCCUCAUUCACGUUCGUCACCUGGUUCGGUGCUUUCGUCGCCGAGCUCUACGGCAUCUUGCUCGGAGAUCGUCUCCCUCUCGCCAUUUGUUCCCGCCAUGGUGGCACAUGGAAACCCGAAUACCGUCUGCACAACACAUGGUUUCCUCUCUUGGUCUGUAUGCCUCUAAGCACCGGACUGUUUGGUGGCAGCCUCUACUUUCACUGGAACUACAUGGUUCUUGCGGUGGCGGUAUUCCUGAGCAACUUCGGAGCGGUGGCGGCUUUCCCGGCUCUACUAAACUACGUCGUCGAAGCUUUCACUCCAAAGUACGCAAACGAGGUAACAGUGGCACUCAACACAUGGCGUUCUAUCCUGUCGAUCGCCAUCUCAUUCUUCCUGUUCCCAUGGGCAGACAAAGUGGGUAUCAACUGGGCCUUUGGAAUGAUGUCUUUCUUCACCAUUAUGGCAUAUGGCUCAGUCGUCGUGUGUAUGUUUGCUGGAGCAUUUCUCAGGAAGUAUUCGCUCGUGCGUGUGAAAUCAGAGGCAGGAAUUCACAUUGUUGAAGAGGACACCAAGGAGGUAGCGGCGUGA